AUGGUUUUAAAAGAAAGCCAUGAAAAAACCUUGAAAGAUUUGAAAAAAAGAAUUAACGAUUUAGAUCAAAGUAAAAAGGAAGCUGACGAGAAAAAUCUAUCACUACUCUCCUUUUUAUGUAAUGAAAUAGGCAGUAAGGAUUUAGAUAAUUUAAGAGAAUUAUUAGCAGGAAAGAAGCUUAUUGAGUUAUUAUCAGAACUAGAUGACCAUGAGCAUCGUAUUCAAAGUUUAAAUGAUGCUUUAAUACAAAAAGGAGAAGAAUUAUCAAACUUAAGAUCUCGAUUCAAAAAGUCAGAAGAAAUGGUUGAAGAGCGAAAAAUAGAAGUCAAAACCAAGCAAGUAAUUAUUAAUUAUCUAGAAAAUAAGAUUAAAGACCAAGAGGUAGAAUCUAUCACCAAACAAAAAGUUGUUGAUGAUUUAGAAGAAAUCAUUAGAGAGAAUGAAACAAAAUUCAAAGUCAAUCAAGUAACUAUUAUCGAUUUAAAAAAAAAUAUUAGAGAACUAGAGGAGAAAACCAGAGCCAAGCAAGAAACGAUUGAUGAUUUAGAAGAAAAGUUUAUAGAAGUAGAAGAAAAGUCAAACAUAAGCUAG